AUUCCAGUUAAACUUUACGCAUUGUAUACAUCAGAUGUGAUUAUUGGACAAAAUCGGGCCAGGUGAUGUAUCCCAUAUUAUUUAUAUAAUUGGUUGAUAAAAAUAUUAUCAUAGAAAAAAUCCAUUUGGUAAAUUUUCACGUGGGAUCACGGGCCGACAGCUCUGCUAGGAGAUUUCACUUAAACGAGGACGGAAGUAGUUAAGCGGGUCUAACAUACAGGGGAAGUUUCAUUCCUUUUGUUCCUUUUCCAUAGGCAGCUCAUUAUGAACCUACGGAAUAUGAGACACUAACGCGUUUAAAUAUUCAGAAAAUCGCGGAAGGCGGUAUCGUAUGGCGCACCAAAGGGGUCGAAACUUCAAGUGCUGCUGCAGCAGAAAAAAAUGCUGCUGGAGCAGUAUUUAAAAUGCUGCUCGAGCAGUAAAAUGCUACUCGAGCAGCAUCUACAUGCUGCUCGGGCAGCAAUUUGCUGCUCGAGCAACAUUUUAGAUGCUGCAGCAGUAAAAUCCUGCUCAACCAGCAUUUAUUUUUAGAUUAUGGCAUUAUCCAAUCAGAAUCAGAUUAAAAAAAUAAAUCAUGUAACGUUCGAGAAAUUGAUCAACCAAAUUUCACUUUUGCAUGUUCCUACAUGACUUUAAAGCUUAAUAAUUAAUAUAUGAACAACUACGGAAAAGUAUGAGAUUUUAAUAAUAAUUGAUUAAAAUACUGAUUAUGAGUUUGUUGCAGUUUUUCUUAAGUUAUUGUAAGGUCUAUUUCGUUUCCGUAGAGGUAGCUUAUGUCAUCCGUUUGUAAGCUCAAAUUUGAUUGGCUGACGCGUUUAAUGGCUUAUUCUAAAAAUAAAUGCUGGACGAGUAGGAUUUUUCUGCUGCAGCAGAAAAAAUUCCUGCUCGGGCAGAAAUUUUGCUGGUCAUUUAAAUGCUUCUCGAGCAGCAUUUAUUUCUGCUGCAGCAGAAGUUAAAGUUUCGACUCCUUUGGUGCGACAUAGUAUCGGGUGUGCAGAGUUAGAAUCUGAAAGCGAUCUCAGUCACAAUCAUCAGUCUCAGAAUUAUGUCGAAAGUGUGUCCAUGGAGAUCUUCAGCAUAAUGACUCGGCUGGGAUACGGUUAGCAGAUCAGACGGUGGCGGGUUGAGAAAUACAAGGAGCGUGAUAGCUUGAUAAGUGCACGACAUAGUAAUCUAAUAACUAUAAUCACAGCUGGCAGCAAGGCAGAGGGGCUUACCUUCUGUUAUGGUUACAUUACACUAAAUCAUUGUGUAUCCCUCCGUGGUCCAUUCGAAAGUAGUGCCUAUUUCUAAAGAGUUCCUUUUCUCUUUUUGAAUAUAAGCCAUUUAACAAUGUGAGACAUGUCUUUUGUGGUUAUUUGUAAUAUCCUGUAUGUGUCUGGAGUACUUUGAUGCCUUGGAUUGGAAGCUAACUUAAAAGAUGAAUUUUUGAGGGUGUGUUUUCUAUUGUGUGGGGCUUUUGUCGAAAUUAGGAUUCCGAAACACGUUUUUCUACGGUGGGUUCAUUCGACAGCGAUUUACUUUCUUAGAAGUUGCGAGACGGUAUGUUUUUUAUUGCAAUUAUUGGAAGAUAACAGAUCCAUCUUUAAAAUGAUACCAGGUUCGGAAAAAUUGAUACGUCGAAAAGGCAAGAAAAAUGCUGUGAAAGUUGUCAGUUUAAUAAUGGGACCCUAUGGGAAUCGGAAUUAGUGUAAUAUAACCUUAUGAGAGCGACCGUGACUCGUUACUCGUUGUGAACGGUGUCCUCUGUGUGGAAGAUGGUAUAAAUCUUCGCACCAUUCCUGACGGCAUAGGAGUGUUCAUGAUGGAUACACGUGCUUAUUCAGGACACUGUAGACUGUUUUUAGCGAGACUAGCGCGUAGACAUUUGAAAAUAAUCCACGAUGCUUUGUGUGAUAAUGGACAUGAAGACGUUCUUUUAAGUAGUGGUUUAUUUCUUGAUGAAAUUUCGGAAGAUCCAUAUACAAAUUCAUCAGUGGUAAACCAUGAACGAGCGGGGCCGUCGCUACCGACGCCAAUAGGAGGUGAGCUUCACACGGACAGUGUAUUCGCACUACGAUGUCAUUGCCCAAGCAUCUUACAGAGAUGGGCUUCCACACCCCGUCAUUGGCCGUCACCGGUCUUAGUUCAGAAAGUCAUACCGCUAGGAACUUAUGUAACAGCGGUGGAUUUUAAGGAAAGUGAAUUCAAGCACAUGGAAUGGAGGAUUUGCUUUAACACCGGAGAGUCGGAACUUAUGAAUCAACUUAAUGACACACACACGAAAGUGUAUGUUAUGCUAAAACUGAUCGUCAAAGAUGUGUUAAUGCCUCUUAAGAAAGAAAUAACAUCAUACGUGAUGAAAAAUAUCAUACUAUGGCAAGCUGAGAGUAACCCACAAAACAAUGCUCAGAGUUUUUUUUUUGACUGGCUUCAUGACGACUGAGAGAACUAAGGACUGCUAUUGUCACACAACAACUGUCAUAUUACAUGAUUCCAGAAAGGAAUUUGAUGGCAGCCAGUGGUUUGACGGACUAGCAGCAAAGUCAAUGGGUAGAAGUCAUUAAGGGCUAUGAUGGCAGAAGGUCCGAGGGUAUUACUGAGAUUGCCUAAGAUACGACAGGCUGUAGUCGCCUCCCCAGAGCCGAUGCUGUGGUUCAGCACGAAAAGGAUGGAGCUGGAGAUGGUGAGUCUGGAGAUGUUAAACCGAAUGGGGGAUGCAUUGAGAACGGAGUUGUGGAUAUGACUGAUGCUGUCCUACAGGUAUAAAGAGACAUUGGGGGGAGAUAGUUACGGAGAUUAAACUACGGAUGAUCGAGGAAGGCUGUGCUGUAAAUAAUCUGAUGGGUAUUGGCGAUAGAAUGUUACAGUAAUAAUAAAUCAAAGUGCUAAAAAAGGAUGGAACUGAGUGAGCUUGUAAGAUACAUGAAAUGUUAGAAUGAGAAGAUGGUGGUGUUUUGUAUCGGAUAUCAUCCUGCAGGAGAUAAGGGGACACAUGAGUGGAAUAGUGAGAUAGAUCCUUCGCCGGUUUUUAUGGAAGGCAGCGUUGUUACUAAUUUGUCUGAUAUCUACCGGUGUAUAUAUGCAUCCGCCUUAAAGUGAUGCGCUUUAUUCUGCCGCGCUUGAAAUUUAAAUAGUGGCGUGUAGUAAGGAACUGGUUUGUCUUAAUAAUUCAGUAGUUAACGUCAACGAUCAGCCGUAUUAAACAAUUAAUACAAAAUAUGCACAAUUGGUAUUCCUUAAAGAGAGUAUAUAAGAUCUUUUUUAUACAUAAAAGCUCUUUUAUGAUUGAAACCUUGUACAUGUUACUGGAUUGUGGACGAUAUAUAGAGGCGAACAGGCUAGUCAGGCUGAACCAGCGAUUUGUCAAGAAACCCGAGGAAAUUUUGACUGCUACUCCGAUCGUUGAAGAUUCAGCAAUUACAACCCUCCCGAAAUGUAAGACAUUCGUUCCAGCCGUUUUGGUGGUUCUUGCGGUUCUGCUUGGACUGGUGAAAAAAGUGAACGAGCAGUCUAUGGAGAUAAAGAGACUGAAAGGGGAGUUUUGUGCACUGAAGAAUCGAGUGUCUUCAUUGAAGAGCACAGUCUAUACUGACAGGCUGCUGAGGACUGACAAAGAUACAAGCUUUUUAACAGGAUUAAAAACAAUAAGGGUUUUCAAUAAACUCCAUGCUAUAGUUGCCCCAUAUGUGACAAGGAAGUGGCGGGGUUUUGUUUCAGUGCCAAAGAAAUUAAGAACAUUAAAAUCAGCCAGAAAUAACUGGAAACUCAGUUCAAAAAGCCAACUUCUAAUGACUUUGAUGAAAUUACGAUUAGGACUUUUAAAUAAGGACUUGGCGAUACGAUUUAACAUUUCAGAAACUCUGUGUUCUAGAAUAUUUUGUACAUGGUUGAGAACAUUGAGACUUGUGUUGGAAAAAAUGGUGUACAUUCCUGAUGAAGAAACUUUAAUUGCUACUAAACCCCAGCGCUUUAAGAAACUCUCUGAUCUGCAAUCCAUUAUCGACUUCACCGAGAUUUGUAUUGAGACAGCGAAAGACACUCACUAUCAGAGCAACACAUGCAGCGACUACAAACAUCAUAAUACGUUGAAAAUUUUAGUUGCAUGCACUCCAAACAGUUCCAUAUCAUUUGUAAGCCAGGCGGUUAUAGGUAGGACAACAGACACAACAUUUACCUUGGAAUGUGGCUAACUGGAAAAAAAAGUCACCUGAAAGUAUGGUAAUGAAAGACAAAGGAUUUAGGAUUGCCCGUAAAUGUGCUGAACGCAAUUUAAAUCUUUAUGUACCACUUGGAAAACAACGCGGUCAAUCUCAGAUGCCCAUUGCCAGCGUGCAGAAGACAAAGAACAUUGCCAAUCUGCGUAUAUUUAUCGAACAAGUAAUUAGAAGACUGACAACAUUUCGAAUUUUAGUGAACGAGGUGCCAGUGCAAAUGAUUGGACACAUUUAUGACAUUGUCAUGGUGUGCUCAGCAUUGUGUAACAUGAGACGGCCCAUUUACAAAAGUUAAUUAGUUGUGAGUUUGAAACUUCAGUGUCGGUGUUAACAUGAGUUUUCCAGUCAUACGUUGUUGCAUUUUACUGUUCCGUAUAUAUGUGUAUUUGUUAAGUUUAUCUUUAUUAUUGCCCACUAUACAUAGCUUUGAAAACAGUUUUUGGUUCUUUUUUUACUUAAUUUAAAUGAUCAUGAUUCACAUGCAUAUAAAUUAUAUUGCUUGAAAUUAUUAGCUAAAAUAUUUGUGAAUAAUGCCUUUGAUGGAAAACCAAAUAAAACUGUAUGCACUGAU